AUGCGUCAAGGAAAAAGUGGGCAUGAGUUAGAUUUCCAGAUGAAGUCAAUAUUUCCCAACCACUGUACAUUUAUAAAUUCGGUGUUACCCAUCCAACCUCCAUCCGCCAACCCCACACUCCAUCUCGGUCAUGUUUCUGCCACGGUUAUUACACAGCCUCCGAUUUUUAGUGGUUUACCAACUUCUGUGAAUGUUGGGGAGAAAGAAUACGAAAACCGUCUAAUCUAUACGCUUACGGUUAGUGACGUCAACAAUGACGCCUAUGUCUGCAAUUCUGCUGGAACAACCCCUACUCUUGCUCGGACAGAAACAGAGUUCAGGGUUCUGAUAGAUCCAAAAACUGGAACCUAUGGAGUUUAUGCCCACAACGCCUCACCUGGUACGGCAGCGUCUCCAAACGUCAUGUUUGAUUUUGCCACGCAGUGAUUUUAAUCACCAUAAGGUGUAAGCCUAGUACCGGAGGAUAAUCUCGAAGUGCAUUAUUCCACAACGCCUCAAUUUACUGGUACUUCCGAUGUUGUGUCUGUGGAUGCAAGGACAGCUACAGCCAAUCAACUUGUGUAUACAGUUUCAUCACGUGAUUUGCUCAACCACUCCCCAUUGACCUAUACUCUAAGGGCUGUUCCAAACACAAACUGCUUUUCUAUCGAUUCCAGUAGCGGACAGGUGCGGACUACGCGGACCUUGCUGGACGAAACCCAGAGUCCAAUAGACCUGUAUAUUUCUGUCACAGACGGACUAAUUUCUGUACAGACCCUUCUAAGCAUAGAUAUCUUAAACUUAAAUAACCAACCAAACAUAACCAACCUCCCAGCCUCAGUAUCUGUUGAUGAAGACAUUGCACCUGACACCGUCAUCUUUACGGUGACGUCACAGGAUCUCGAUGUAACUGACCCUUUGACCUACACAUUCACUGUUAGUCCAAUCAGUGCGCAAGGUCUUUUUUCGUUUGAUUCUACAAACGGUCAGUUUAAGCUGUCAUCUACUGGAAAAUUGGACUUUGAAACUCUGUCUCGUUACAACGUUUCGUUUACGAUAUCUGAUGGAAAGAGCACAAACGGGCCCUAUCCGUUGACUGUGAAUGUGCUUAAUGUAAACGAAGAAUGCUACUUUGACAGACAGGCUUAUUAUAUCAGCGUACUAGAAGGCACGGUUGGAAGUCAGACCAUUACUCCUAAUUUCGUGGUUCGCGACUAUGAUGGAACUCAGGCGUACUCACUUUCCUUAGUAAAUGGAAACAAUAGUGAACGAUUUCAAAUCGACAGCACCUCGGGGAUUAUGACCUAUGCUGUGGAUUAUGACGUAGAUCAAAAUGCAAUGCCCUCUUCCGUGCAGUUGACAGUUCAGUGUACAGACUCGCUCGGGAAAACAGGAACUACAUUGCUUUUUAUGACUAUUAGGGAUGCAAAUGACAAUGUACCGGAAUUUUCUCAAGGAACUUAUACAUUUUAUGCCGACCAGUAUACCGGUCUGGGAAGUGCUAUCGGUCAAAUGACGAUUACGGACAAAGACAGUGGCAGUAACGCCGAAUUCAACUGUGGUGGAAGUCUGGCAAAUAGUGCAACCCAAACCAACACCUACUACACGGUGGGGACAGCCUGUGGAGUUUACUUUUUAUCCAGAACUGGUCUCUCCUACGGAACAGCGAUUAGAUAUUUGGUUACGGCUACCGAUAAAGGGACACCAGCUCUAAGUUCCACGACGACAGUCAAUAUGAUUUAUAUAGAGACCACCACCACCACGCUCUCUACCACCACCACCACUGUAGCUAUAAACUCUUCUCUAGACGGCGCAACCAUCGCCGCCAUAGUACUCGGCUCUCUACUAGGCGCCAUUCUUGUCGGAAUUCUCCUGUAUUUCUUAAUCAGGUUGUGUUACACCGGUGCUUGUCUUGGAUCGGCUCCAUGUGAUUUUAUGAAAUGCUGCAAGAACAGUCCAGCAACGUAUGGAAGACGUGAGUACCCAGACUUUCCACAGGCCUCAGGGUCCCAAAUGGACCGAAUUUCACCUUCAAACAUACCUGUAGACUUUGGAUCACGUGGUCGGAUUUAUCCAAUCACGAGACCUCCCCUGCCGAUUGGAUAUUAAACGCUUGAUUUU